AUGAAACGUUUCCAGACAAUCAUGAAGCUGUUCAUUAUUCCAUGGCUGCUAAUAAGUUCGAUGGUGGCCGCUCAGAAUGACGCCGGUCCCAAUGUGGCAGGUCCAAAUCCUCAGUUUGUCGACAUUCCAUUCUACCAUUUUCUACAACGACAGCAUCAAAUAAAUAACGCAAUACUUUUAAACAAUGCGAUGUUGGCCAAUUCGUUGGGAGGCGUGCCGAAGGAGCAUCAAUUACAGCUACCAAACGCAGUACCGUUUCCAGCUCCCAAUAUUCAACCAAGUUUACCAACUGGACCAACCCUCUUCCAGACUUUCCCGCAAGCUAUACCGCCAGUGCCGGCACCCGGUGAGUGA